CAGUGUGUGUUUUGCGUCACCAGCGAUGACAAUGCGGACGGUUAAGGCGCUCAAAAGGAGGCCUUGGUGUGGUACACUUGCUUGUACGCGUAACUGAGGGGCUUUCGCGGCCAAAGCGAUGCGGCAGCAGCAAGAGGGAUGUAAGAUCAGUUCGAAUGUGUUUCCUUGACACUCAUAAGCAAAGCAUUGCUGCGACGCGCGCUUGGAAAUCGAUUGCUAGUGUCUUACAGGCCGCUAGCACGAAUUAUUGUCGGGCAAACGGAGGAGGAGUCACAGCGCUGCUGCUCCAGACUUCGCGAGAUACAAAACUAUCUUUUGCUGCGUCCUCAAGUCGCUGUCGCGCUUUUGGCAGCUUCUCGAGCGCUCGAACACAGCUCAAGCCGACAGACAGGAGAUUGGCACAAAUCUGCACAGCAUUCGCCGUCGACGCGCGCAAGGCUACCAAAAAUGUCCGCACCACGACUCCUACUCCUCCUCGGCUGCAACGCGGCAACCGCCCAACUCGUCGGCCCCGGCGCUUUAGUGCCCGGCGGCGGCCCGCAAAACAACCGAAGGAGCGGCGGCUGGGGCGUCGUCGACCAGUGGCCGGUCGGCUUCUUCGUUGGUGGUAGUGAUCUACAAAAUAUGAACGGCAUCUAUGUGCGCCAGCCCGAGUUAGAUCAUAAACUGCCCCACUACUGCGAGUUGUCCUGGAAGCACGUCGACAACAAUUUCAAAGUGGCCUCUGCUACUGUGCGAGGCUGGAGUGGUAUAAAUGGAGCGGACAGGGAGUGGCUCUGGAUCGACGAGCAGGGGAGGGAUUUCCUCGCGCAACCGGGCAAGCACUACAUCCCGGGCAAUGCUCGAACGUGGUUACCUGUGAAUAGAAAUUUCCAUUAUUGGCGGGUCGGGGAAAAAGCGGAGACGUAUGCGGCGGAAGAGGGCUGGUGGGAAGCGAAUGAAGAAGGUAUUAUAGUACAGAACAACAUGGCCGACGCGGAACGGCCCAUACUGUGGGAAAGAAAGAAGGAUGGUCGUAGACUGAAUAUGGGCGCGUGGCGGUUGCGGCCCCUUGAGCAGUCUAAGGAGAAGCGUGUAAUGUUGGAAGACGAUGCGUACGGCGAUGCGAUGCGGCCGUGGCAGGUCGUCGCGAUCAUGUCUCGGGAUCGACUGGAUGAAUUAAUUCACCAGAAACGGAGACAUGACGAGGACUGCCGGCGGGCGUCGCGGGGUGGCCCGCCCGUCGUCGAGGACGGUGUGUUCCCGACGGUGUCCGUCAGUCACUUACUGGAAGGGAACGUGACAACGGAUGAAAAUGAACUGGUCGAUAGUGAUGUGGUGAAGAACGCACGAAGAGCCUGUAGAGACGGCCAGUCUGAUGGAAUCGAGCAAGCGAGGGCAGCCUUGGCCAAGGGCUUACCUAACGCUAGAGCCGCCGUGAGCUACUGUCUCAGGAGGAGUGGCGACCCCGGGAAGGCGAUCGAGGUCGCGUCUGCUGGAGACGAGGCCUCCUCUCUAUUGGAAAGAGCCUUGGCCAUGUUCGACGUUCAUUCACCGUGUGGCGCGUUACAAGCCUUAGAUAGAGCCUAUAAUGCUGACAGGGCAUUACCGGGCCUAGGUGCAUGGAUGCUGCUGGGACGCGUCCGAGCUAAAGCUGUUGGUUGUGGAGCCCCUAUUGGAGAUACGGGCUUCAAGGUCGGCGACGUCGUGCGCGCCAGACAAGAUUUGCGGGGCUUCUGGAGCCAGGGCGACGAGGCCGACGUGAUUGGGCUCACGGCGGCGUCGAACCCGAUCGCGAUCCAGAUGCGGUAUAAUCGCAAUAAAUUAGUGGACACGACGGCGGAUCGCAUCGAGCGCGUCGGCUUCGACGCGAAGACGACCUUUGAUGAUGUGUAUGCUACUCUGGACGUUCCCUGCGACUUUACGGAAAAUGAAUUACGAAGGGCCUACCGCCAGGCGUCGCGCGAGUGCCACCCGGAUAAAGGUGGUUCGCACGACGAAUUUACAAGAGUGGCGCGGGCGCACGAGAUCCUCUCCGACGCCAAGCGGAGGGAGGAGUGGGACGCGGGCGCCGAGGUCGUGGACCGGCCCCAGGAGUUUCCCCUGAAGGACGAGUUGAUUGCCUACUACUGGCCCGAGCUCAAGCCCUUCCAGCCCUUCGGGGACGUCCACGAGCACCGCCGCGCCUUCGAGAAGCAGGACGCGGAGAGAGCUGCCGAGCGGCGGGCGAAGGAGGACAGCUUCGCACGGGCGAAGGCGCGGGACGCGGCGCCCGCCACCAAGGAGGCUUCGCCGCCGGAGGAGCCGCCGGCGCGGAAGGGGUGGGGGUGGCCGUGGUCCUAAGAAUAGUUGAGAGCUUACAACGGCGCCCAUGCCGGGGAUGAC